GGCUUCGAUCGUAAGUUCUGCAUUGUCUAUUGGCAGUUCUUUCAACUCUUCACGACUCAAAUCGACUCCGUUCCAUUUCCUAUUCUCAUAGCAUAUCUCCCCUCUCACCGUCCAGCAACAAUCCACAAUGCCCAAAGUACUAGUAAUCGAGAAGAUUGAUGGCAAGCCCGGCAAAGUCUACUACCCUCUGAAGAAUAUCGAACAACCUACUCCCGAACCCAAGGACAACGAACUCCUCGUCCGAAUCACCUCCGCCGCUCUCAACCACCGCGACCUCUUCAUCCGUCAAGCACUCUACGGCGCAAUCGGCUUCGGCGUCCCGCUCCUCGCAGAUGGCUGUGGUGUAGUGAUCAAGACAGGCAACUCAGCAGAAGCAAAGAAAUGGCAAGGAAAGCGUGUGAUUUUGAAUCCAGGACAUGGCUGGGACUCUGAUCCCGAUGGACCAGAAUCCGCAAAGGGCUAUGCCAUCUUAGGCGGCACAAAGCUGAACCCUCUCGGAACAGCACAAGAGUUGAUCGCGAUCGCUGCGAGCGAGGUUGAGGAGGCACCAAAGCAUUUGACCAGCAAUGAAGCUGCAGCGCUGCCUUUGGCUGGCCUGACAGCAUGGAGAGCAUUGAUGACGAAGAGUGGACAAGCGAAGCCAGGCAGGAAUAUCUUGAUCACUGGUAUUGGCGGUGGAGUGGCAGUCAUGGCAUUAUUGUAUGCCGUUGCUGCGGGCGCGAAUGUAUACGUCAGCUCAGGCAGCGCGGAAAAGAUAGAGGUUGCGAAGAAGCUGGGCGCGAAAGGAGGAAUCAACUACAAGGAUGCGGAUUGGGACAAGAAGCUCAAGGAAAUGCUGCCAAAGGACAGGAAGAAACUUGAUGCCAUCAUUGAUGGUGCUGGUGGCGAUGUAGUGCAACGAGGCGCCAAGCUUUUGCGGGACGGCGGCAUCAUCUCGCAAUACGGAAUGACAGUCGGGCCAAAGAUGACAUGGACAAUGCCUGCAGUUUUGAAGAACAUCGAACUUCGUGGGUCUACGAUGGGCUCAAGGAAGGAGUUUGCAGAGCUUGUCAAAUUCGUCAACGAGAAGGGCCUCAAGCCAUUGGUGUCACGAUCCGUGAAGGGCAUUGACAACCUCAAGGAUAUCGACAGUCUGUUUGAUGAUAUGAACAAGGGCUCGCAGCUUGGCAAGUUGGUGAUUGAGAUCUCACCUGAGGACAGCAAGAGCAAAUUGUAGAAGUG